AUCAUCUCUGAAAUGUUUUCUUGCUUCUAAAUACACGCAAACAAAAAAAGAGGCCAAUCGGGAUGGUGCUGUACUUGAAAGAUCUGAAUCCUACUUUGCAAAACCCAAAAGUUGCUGUGAAAAUACUUCGAGAAUGGCCACCUCAUUUUAUUCAAGGACAGCCUUUUUAUCAAAGUUUGAUUUUGGUAGACGAAAGGGGAAAUAGGAUUGAUGCCAAGAUAGAUGCGGGACUUUAUGUAGACUGUUACUAUGGAAACCUCAAUGAAGGAGACUGGUACGAGAUUUCAGGAUUUUUAGUGAUUGAAGGUCAACAAUCAUUCCGAAACUCAAACCAUCCGUUUGAGAUCCUGAUCCAGAAAAAAACAAAAAUGGUUCCAAUAAAUCCCCGAAGUACUGAUAAUUUUAUUCUUAUGUAUGAUGCAUUGAAAAUGCAUAAUUCGACGCCUGACGAGAAGAAUUGUUGUGUAGAUGUCUUAGGAAUGGUGGUACAUGUAAACGAGCCGCAGAUAAUUGAUUUCCUCGAUCAUCAAAAUGGCUACAUUUCAGAGAAUGAAGUUGUGACCUUCACUAUCCUUGAACACAAUGGCCAAGAGAUUGAAUGUGUUGCUGUUGGUUCGGUUUGUACUGCAUUUUUUGAGAAGCGAAAAAAAAUUAUUUCUUCACCUACCUAUACUAAUCAACCAAUAGUGUGUACUCUCCUGUUUUGGAGGAUCUCUGUUUAUGAAGGUAUGCAAUGUCUGAUGUCUCAGUUACGAUGCUCAAAGAUCAUUCUUGAAGAUGAAGUGGCUGGAAUUAAUACUGGCGAUAUGCUAAGCUGGCUUGACGUUGAUUCCAGUGAUGAAGACAAUGAAGAUGAAGAUUGAUUUUGUGGUUCGAGCAGCAAGCUAUAGUUUGUUGAAACUUUGGACAUGAAAAUUCGUUUUAAUUUAUUUAAUUAUGUUUUGGAAUGAUUAUUUU